AUGGAGAGCAACACACUGUUCAUGGUAGCGGGUGCAUUCGGCGUGCUCAUCACACUAUGCUAUGUACACGCCAAGGGUGCAACGAGAUCCAACCCGGGCCAGGAGGCGACCAGGACGCUUCGCAAGCUUCCGCUCAUCGGCGACCUGCACAGUUCACCCAUCGAGAAGCCGCUGGUGAAUUGGGACGCCUGGACCCAGGCGAAUGGCCCGAUCGCCGUCCCAAGGCUGUUUGGGCUCAUCCCCGUCGUGGUGCUGAAUUCCGCCGCUGCGGUCACGGAACUGUUCAGUCGCCGCAGCCAAUGGUACAGUAACCGCCCGGCCUCGGUGAGCAUGGAGAUGAUCACCGAUGCCGCACCGGGUCAGUCCAAGUUCACGCUGAUGCACGACUAUGAUGACCACCUCAAACUGCACCAUCGCCUUCUGACGCCCAGCUUGGGAGCACCCGCCGCGCCGAGAUUCCAGGCCUUGAUCGAACUCGAGGCCACACAGUUGCUGUGGGAUCUCGUCCGGCUCUCACGACCCUCCGAGGGGAUCGUCAGCACGGAUCUCCUCUAUCCGCAGUUGGAACGCACGCAAUCGAGCAUCAUCCUCGGGUUGCACUAUGGACUUCGCAUCGCGCGGUUCGAGGACGAGAUCUUGCAUCAGGUCAUCGACACCCAGUCCCAGGUCACCCAUCUGGCGGCCAAUCCGCUUCUUCCCGACAUGAUCCCCCUUCUGCGCCAUCUCCCGUCGGUCCUUUCGCCCUGGAAGCGCGCCGCCGAGAAGCUCUACGCACAACAGGUAGACCUGUACAUGCGGCUCUUCCAGCACGGCCGCGAGACAGACGGCUGGAACGCCACCAAGCAGGCUCUGUCCACCGCGGAGAAACACGCCCACGGGACAGUGUCCGAUCUGGAUCUGGCAUUCACCCUGGCCACCUCCAUUCAAGGGGGCAUGGAGACGUCCCCCCGUCAGCUCCUGUGGUUGUUCAUCGCGGCGCUGCACACGCCGUCUUUCGUGACCAAGGCACAUGCCCUCCUGGACGAGACUGUCGGUCGGCAUCGACUCCCCCGCUUCUCGGACCGCGCCAGACUCGCCUUCAUCGACGCGAUCACCCAUGAACUCUUCCGCUGGCGACCCAUUGCGCCGGGGUCCAUCCCGCGUCGAGCCGACCAGGACGAUGAGUACGGGGGCGUCAAGAUCAAAAAGGGAUGGACACUCAUGGCCAACGCGUGGGCGAUCGGCCGUGACGAACAGGUAUUUGAUCCGACGCUCGGGGAUGUGCAGGAUUUUGUACCGGAGCGAUGGCUGCGACCCUCCCCGCCGGGCGAGGACAAGAUGCGGACCGAUCUCCCGCUGCCCGUCUUUGGACAAGGACGACGGGUCUGUCAGGGCAAACGGGUGGCCACGGAUGGCGCCUUUAUGCAAGUGGCCUGUCUGCUCUGGGCCUUUGACAUUCAGCCCGUGGAGAAAGGGGAGGUGGUCGAUCCGUGGGCGAUGGUGGUGGAGGGAUUCAUGACUUCGCCGAGAAACGUCCGAUUCAAGCUGCAGCCGCGAGGGGACUGGGUCGUGGAGGUGAUCGCGCGGGAAUGGGCGGCGGCAGGAAAGAGUCCAGAGCAGGUGAUGGGGGUCUCCACCGAUGUUGAGAUAUGA